ACGCACUCCAAAAUGGCGAACCGCAACAAGGAUGUAGAAGAGGAGAUUUACGACAAGGUGGUGGAUCUCACAGAAUACGCCAAACGUCAACGAUGGUGGAACCGCCUUUUUGGAAAAAACUCCGGUCCUGUAGCAGAGAAGUACUCUGUAGCCACACAGAUUGCCUUGGGAGGAGUGAGCGGAUGGUGUGCAGGUUAUCUUUUCCAGAAAGUGGGAAAGGUUGCUGCUACAGCUGUAGGGGGAGGUCUGCUGCUGCUGCAGAUUGCUAAUAACAGUGGCUAUAUCCAAGUGGACUGGAAGAGAGUAGAGAAAGAUGUCAACAAAGCUAAAAAACAGUUACAGAAAGGAACAAAUCGGUCUGCUCCAGAGCUGAACACAUUUGUUGAAAGG